UCUGCUGCAGAGUUUGAUGACCUCCCACGUACUGUUGAGGUGGAUGAAAACAUUACUUCAGGAGUUGUGGCCAGCUUCACUGUCAAUUGCACUACACCUUCAAGCAGUGGACUCAAUGUAACUUUGGUGAACAUCAGUCCCACAACCACAUUUUUCAAUUCACCAAAUGCCUUAGGAAAUGGCACCUUCCAGGUAACCCUUCGCCCAGGCACUGACCUGAAUGCCAGAGAAGUGAAUCAGUAUAUCUUGACAUUCACAGCACAGUGCCCAGAAGAAGUCCCUGUUACUAGCCAGCUUUACAUUCAAGUAAAAAAAGUAGACAGAUUAGAGUGUGACAACACAUUUCUUAACACAGCUGCAAGCCCCUUACUAAUUCCUGAGAACGUUGCUCCUGGAACUGUCAUCUACACAGUCACUCUGAAGAGGAAAGGCAGAGGCAAUCUCAUGUUCAGUUUGGAAAAUGGUUCUGUGCCUUUCAUCUUAAAUGGAAUAGGAGAAGUGCUUGUACCUGCCACAGGUCUGACUCAUACACAAGCUGGUAAGCUAUUCCAAAUGAAUAUUGUGGUCAAUGACGGUGAUGGGAGAAGCUGCCACAGUCUUUUGAUGGUCCAAGUGCAACCUGUUUACCACAACACUGUCAAUUUCACGGAGUCAUCAAAAGCAGUCUCUGUGUUUGAAAACAUAGGACCCCUACAGACUAUCACAUAUGUCCAUGCUCAUGGAGAAGGGCGUGUGAUCUAUGAGAUCAUAUCUCCAAGCACAGUCUUUUUCACCAUUAACUCAGUGACAGGUGAUAUUAAAAAUACAUACAACAUAGAUUUGGACCGCAAUCCAGAGUUGGCCCAGACCUUGCUGUUGGUGAGAGCCUACAAUAUGCUUCAUCCUACUGAUAGUGCCACCAUCACUGUCAACAUUACUGUUCAGCACCAGAACUUGCAAGGACCCAUGUGCUCCCCAGCUAUUUAUGUGGCUGAGAUUCCAGAGGAUUCUCCCACUGGGAUGAGCCUGACAACUCUGUCUUGUGUUGAUAAAGACAGUAACAAUAGAACUCUUCAGUACCAAAUGGAAAACAGCCAGAUCCCUCCUAAUAGUUUUCGUAUGGAAUUUAACAUGCUGCAGGUGAACACCACUUUGGAUUGUGACUCUGCAGUCAUGGCCAGUCUUGGAUUCCAGUACCGGGCCAUCAUUCUGGUGACAGACAGUGGAAGCCCCCAACAAACCACCAGAAUACCAGUGAUAGUGACAGUAAGCAGAGUGAAUGAAUACAAGCCAGAGUGUUCACGACAGUUCUCCUUCAGUGUACCAGAGAAUGCUGCCUUUGGAGACUUUGUUGCCAAUGUCAAUGGCACUGACCGAGACUAUCCCUUCAACAACAUUGAAUAUAGCAUCCUUGGAGCACAAAAUAUUUUCUACAUUGGUCGUCACUCAGGAAAUCUGUAUGUAUUGGGACCACUGGACUAUGAGAAGCGGAAAUCAUAUCCACUGACCAUCAGCCUGAAGGAUUUGGACAAUGAUGUAAAUUCACAAUUCCAGCGUGAAAAAAGUUGUAAUAUUACCAUUAAUGUACAGAAUGUGAAUGACAAGGCUCCUGUGUGCAAACCAGAAAUUGAGACUCGUACCAUAUAUUCCACAUCGGCCAGCGACACAAGCAUCGUGAUGCUGCAAUGCAGUGAUGAGGAAGGAAGUCAACUGACCUACACCAUUGUUGGCGGCAAUAUAAACGGGCGAUUUCGCAUGCAGGGCAGUCAGUUGUUCCAUAACACAUUCUCCUACAACCGUGAUGGCAUUUUUGACCCACUCAAUUAUGAGCUUCUGGUGGAAGUGACGGAUAGCCUUAGCACACCUUCUUUUAGCACCACAGCAAUCAUUAUUGUUCAUGUGAUCCCUUGGACAACUACAGUGCCUACUAUUGCUACAGUUAUUACUACCACGAUGGUAUCAAAGAAGCCCAACAUUUUGCACAGAACAGAGGAAUACUGGGCUCCAGAUCCUUGGUUUGUAGUGGUUCUUACAUUUACCGGAAUUCUUCUCCUCUCAGCCUUGGGUUUGUUGUUCUGGCAUUUCUGCUGUAGGAAGACACCAACAGAGAUAUCUCAGCCCCUCCUAAAGAACAGGGGCGAAAGGAUGGAAAGGAACUACAUUGUGACAGAAGAACCAAACAAGGACAAAGGGAAAGUUUCUGCUGAGGAACACCACCACUUCGAUGGCUCUGCUCAGGACCCUGUCACUGGCCAAUAUUACCUCUAUGACAGCAGCAGUGGAGCACGGCGCUGGAUAUGAGUGUGGUUUUCCAUCCUAAGGACUGCAGCAUGAGGGCAUGCAGACAUGAUAGGGAGGGAAGAU